AUGCAAGAUACAAACGGUUCUUCUGAGUCUCGGCAGUCUAUGGAGGCUGCUAGCCGUGGGCGGCAAAGGUCUUCGUCUCCUUCGUUGUUUUUUAGGAGGGCAUCUUCAUCUAGUUUACUAAGGUUCAGAAAUAGGGCAAGAGACGACGCUAUACAACCUCCAGGGCUAGGUGCUAGGAGUGCAACAUCUCCAAUGAAAGCAGAUACUAGUGCGGGAGAUGGUGAUGAUGGGUUGGAACCCGAUGCAAAGCUUUUGGAUGUUUUACCGUCAUUUCAAAUGUACAAUGUGCUGCACAAACAUAUUCCUCGCGGAAAUGUGAAUGCAGACCAACACGACCUUCCUCCUAGCUAUCAGGAGUCAUUAGAUCCAGCUCCUGGUAGUGGAGCUAGUGGAAGUGCUAGUGCUGGUAGCUUGACUCCAAUGCGGCCGGGUCCAUUUGUUAAUUUACAAUCUGUAUCCACGCAGCAUGUGAACUUGUCGUCGUCCCAUAUUGAUAAUGAACCUAUUCAAGACGAUCUUGAUGAUCAGGAUUACGAUAACAUUAACAUUGAAAAGUUAUACAGCUUGCCGAAGAUGUUGUCUCCAGUGGAGAUUGACAUCCGCAUAACAAAGCAUCCAAUGAAGCCUAAUGAGAAACCUGAAGAAGAAUCAAUUCUGAAGGAAUAUACAUCGGGGAAUAUUAUUAAUGGCUACGUCGUUAUUGAAAAUAGGUCAUCUCAGCCCCUUAAGUUUGAAAUGUUCUAUGUUACUCUUGAAGGGUAUGCGACAGUUAUAGACAGACUUCAAGGUAAGCGUACUGUUAAGAGAUUCUUAAGGAUGGUCGACCUUUCUGCUAGCUGGUCUUACUCUUCUGUCGACUCUUCUACGGGGUACGAUUAUCCAUAUGGCUGUAAAGAUUAUGAAAACUGUAUCCUAGGUCUCAAUAAUACCAGAAUUCUGGAACCUGGGGUGAAAUACAAGAAAGUCUUCAUGUUCAAGUUUCCAAUGCGCUUACUCGAUGUCGCCUGUAAGCAUGAGCAAUACUCACAUUGCUUGGUUCCUCCAAGCUUUGGUAUUGACAAAUUCAAAUGCAACGGUAAGUAUUCGGCAAUAAGAACUAAUCCGUUACUAUGUUAUGGGCACUUGGGGAAUAAAGGUUCUCCAAUUCUGACAAACGACUUAGUGAGCGAAACUUUGUCCAUAAAUUACGCUGUGGAUGCAAAAAUUGUGGGUAAAGACCCUAAGACAGGGAAAUUGAAUAUUAUGCGUGAAAACGAAUACAACGUUCGAUUUAUUCCAUUUGGGUUCUGCCAGCCAUUACUUGGGGAACGGCCUCCUCAAAAGCAAUUGGAGUCAUUAUCUGCUCUAAUAGAGGAAAAGAUUACCGCCCUAGAAAACGUUUUUCGGAGACUUGAGAAUAAUGAGAUGAUUCGUAAUCAUGAUAUUCAAAGCACAGAUAUAAGCGGUACGAUAGACUCAACUUUCGACAUUGACCACGAGGGUAUCCUUAGAUGCAAAUUACGGCAAUUGAGGAAAGAAAAUAGAUUGGAUGAAGCAUAUUCUUCUUAUCCACUUAGAAAUACAAAGAACUUGAGUUCCAAAGAUUGUACAGUGGAAUCAGAAUUUAGUUACAACAUUAAAUCAAAGCAGAAGAAAAGCAAGAAACACUCCUUGUUGGCUAGCUUUUCUCAUGACCCUAAAAAUACCGAUAAGAAGGACAAUUUGCGGUCAGGUAUCAUUGUAUUGUCAUCUAGCAUUCCUAAGGAUGGGCUUCCCUAUAUCCAACCACCUCUGCUCAAAAAGAUAAAUAAAUUUGAAAACAAGAAUAAACAUGAGCAAAAGAACUGGAAGGCUCUAUUAGAACCAUUCACUGAGACUGAAACCAAAAUCCUAGACAAACUCACCAUACGUUUGAAAUGCAUUCAGUCGAACAAUAGUACUGAACAUCAUCCGCCAGAUAUUACAUCAAUAUCAACAGAGCUUGUUUGCUUAACUACAAGGUCGAUAAACUCAAUCCCAGUUAAGUUGGAUGCACAGCUCCUCCUAAGCACCGAAAAGGUAGACAGUAUCAAAGAAUUACACAAGAAAUAUUUUGAAAAGCUGAAGUCAUUGCAGGAAAGAUUCGAUAGAGACUUCAUUGCAUUGAAUGAAUUAUAUAAUUUGUCAAGGCGCCCAGAUACUUUACGUGAACUAACAUUUAGUGAUUUUGUCACACCUCAAUUAAUGCACGAUAUAGAAUGCCUUGCCAACCUCAAAGUUGAUGUCCGUUCCUUAUCCCACGUUUUCAAAGACCAAAUGCAAACACUAAAAAAUCCAGAUGCUGCGGAAAUAAGGCCAGGACUCAUUUCUAGCACAUCGUCUACUUUAUUGAGUUCGACCUUUAGCGGUCAUAAUUCAAGCUCGAAUGCGCAACAGAUGGCCUUGUUCAGAGACCAGAUUACACACGAGUGGGUACAAAUUAGCGAACGGGAGUAUGACCGUCAAAUUGAUGUUAAUUUAGUUCUCAGUCAAGAUAUUAAGGAAACUUUGGUGCCAACCUUUGAAAGCUGCUUAUGCUCGCGCAUGUAUUGCAUUAAAGUAAACAUCAAGUUUGAAGAACACGCUGGAACAGCCUCUUUGCAGAUUCCAGUUCGUCUGAGAAUGCUGGAAGCAUGA